UGGGUUUGCCUGUUUUCUCUUUCCCCCUCAGAGGUGUGCCUCCUCCUCCUCUCUUCUUCCCGCCUCCUCCUCCUCUUCCUCCUCCUUCUAUUGCAAAGCCCAGACUCCAACACAAAGCCUGAGGCGCCCGGGGAGCUUCAAAAGAGCAGCAGCAGCAGCAGCAGCGAAGGAAGGGUGGCCAGCCAGAGCCAAGCCCCCUUGGAGCCCGUGAGGAGGAUGCACCUGGCAGACAAAGUGGCGCUGGUGACCGGGGCAGCGCAGGGCAUCGGGAGAGCCUUCGCGCAAGCCUUGCUGGAGAAGGGCUGCAAGGUAGCUCUUGUAGAUCUGAAUGUGGAAGUAGGUAAGACUUGCAAAGAUGCUCUUGACAAGCAGUUUGAUGCACAGAGGACGAUCUUUGUUCCUUGUGAUAUUUCAAAUGAAGAGAAACUAAAAGAUGCAUUUAAGAAGAUAGUUCACCAUUUUGGACAGUUGGAUAUUUUGGUUAACAAUGCUGGAGUAAAUAAUGAAAAUAACUGGGAGCUCACCAUCCAAACUAAUUUAAUUUCAUUGAUUAGAGGAACAUAUCUUGGGCUAGAGUACAUGAAAACUGAAAAUGGAGGCACUGGAGGAGCUAUUGUUAAUAUAGCAUCACUAGCUGGACUUAUGCCAGCUCCUCACCAGCCAGUCUAUUCUGCUUCAAAGCAUGGGGUAGUUGGAUUUACACGUUCAAUUGCUAUGGCUUCUUCAGUUGGAAAGUAUGGUGUACGAAUAAAUGCUAUCUGUCCUGGUUUUGUCAACACACCAAUUCUACAAUCAAUUGACAAGGAAGAAAACAUGGGCCAAUAUUCAGCUUACAAAGAAAAUAUCAGAGAUAUGAUGAAAUUCUACGGUAUAUUAGACCCACAAUUAAUUGCCGAAGGGUUGAUAAAACUUCUUGAAGAUGACAAGUUAAAUGGAGAAAUUAUGAAGAUUACAACAAAUCAAGGGAUUCAUUUUCAUGAAUACAGUCCACUACCAUUUCAUUCCAAGAUGCAAUGAACCUGUUAUGUGACUGUUUUGAGAAGAAAUAUUAUUUGCUUCCUUGAGACUGUUGGAAUGAAUUGUUAAGCAAUAAGAAAAUCUUGCUUAAUAGUAAGAAUUCACUUGUGUUCUAAAUCUAUUAUGUGAAGGACUAGCUAUAUUGCAAAAAUGAUUUUUAUAUUGUUGUUACUUUAAUAUUGUUGUUACUUAUUUUUAUAUCAGAUGGCAUUUCAAGUGCUGUAAAAAUAUUUGAAUACUAUCUAAUUUUAUUUGUGACAAAAUGUAAAAUUUACCAAACUGCAAACCUGCUUCUUUAUUGUACCUUUGAAUGUGGCUAAAACAUUGUGCACUUAGUAUAGCCCUUUCUGUUCUGUCUUUCAGAGAUUAGAAGGUUGCUUUUUUGAAAUGUGGUGUAGUAGUUUGAGUGUUGGACUAGGACUCUGGAGACCAAGGUUUGAUCCCCAGCUCAGCUAUGAAACCCACUGGGUGCAAGUCACAUGCUCUCGGCCUCAAGGGAAGGCAGUGACAAACCUCCUCUGUAGAAAUCUUGCCAAGAAAACCUCAUGAUAGAUUCAUCUUAGGGUUGCCAUAAAUCAGAAAUGACUUGAAGGCAAACAACAAGAAGUUAGUUAUAAUUCCAGUGCUUCGAGUAUUUAUUUACUAUAAUAGUUACACUUUUUAAAGUACCUCAAAAGUAACUACAAUAGUUACAUUUUAAUAAUAUUAAAUUAAUUUAAUGACUGUCCUGUGGUAAAAAGGAUACUUUCCUCCUAUCUGUCUUGAUCUCAAGGCAAUACUCAUAACAGAGCACAAGAGGCAGCACUUGAACCACAUGAUAUACCUCUUCUCCAGUUUAGUGAGCCUCCUGUAUGGCUAUUGGCAUAACUUUUGUUUCACUGCAGAACAAGUGAAGUUAUCCUUCAUUAAGUUAUAAUUGUAAUGGAAUGUAGUCAUACCCAUAUUAUUGGGGGUAUGUGUAUGACUUGUGUGACAUGGGAGGAGGCUUGCUUGGGGGCUUGAUAGUCUUCUAAUUUUUUGUGUGUGUGUAGGCCCAGGUCCUCUGCUUCAGCACAUGGUCUCAAGGAAGCAGGGUAUCUGCAUAUAGGAAGUGGGUCAGAGACUUGAUUGAGGAAGGCACUACUAGUCACUAGCUCACUAUAAAGCAGAAUCCCCAGUCCCUGAAGCUUGGCAAAAAUGGAAGAGAUGGUGCAGUAGGGGAAAUGCAGCACAGAAUAGGUAAAAAGAGGUAGUACAGGAAUACUUGGAUACUCUUAUGAAUUCAAGUCUCCAGGGCCAGUUGAAUUACAUCCAAGGGUAUUAAAAGAACUGACAGAUGUCAUCUCAGAGCCACUGUCAAUUAUCUUUGAGAAUUCCUGGGAAACAGGAAAGAUCCCAGCAGACUGGAGGAGAAUAAAUGUCCUCAUAUUCAAAAAAAAGGGGGGAAAGAGGACUCAGAUAAUUACCAUCUUGUCAGCCUAACAUCAGUACCAAGCUAGACUAAGCUUAUCUCUUUUUUGAAAGAGUUACAAGCUCAGUAAAUGAAGAAUGCUGUGGAUAUACCAUAUAUUGAUUUCAGUAAGGCCUUUGACAAGGUCCCCUGUGACGUUGCAAAUAAGCUUGUAAAAUGUAGGUUAGACAAUGAUGCGAAGUGGAUUUGCAAUUGGUUGACCAACCAAACCCAAAGGUGCCACAGGGUUCUGUCCUGGGCCCAGUGUUAUUCAAGAUCUUGAUAGAUAAUGGAAUAGAGAAUAUGCUUAUCAAAUUUGCAGAUGGCACCAAAUUGGCAGAGGGGGUAGCCAAUACCCUGGAGGACAGGAUCAGAAUUUAAAAUGACCUUAGCAGACUGAAGAACUGGGCUAAAACUAACAAAAGGAAUUUUAACAGGGAAAAAUGUAAGGCAUUUUACUUAUGGAAAUGAAAUGCACAGAUAU